AUGACAACAGGCAACAGCCAGACCAUCCGAACCGUCGUCGGCACGGGCGAAGCCGGAUACAGCGGGGACGACGGGCCCGCCGCGUCCGCCACGCUCCGUGAACCGUUCAUGUGCGCGUUCGACACCUCGGGCAACAUGUUUUUCUGCGAAGCGCGAAAUCACGUCGUCCGGCGGGUUGAUGCGUCCACCGGUCAUGUCACUACGGUGGCUGGGACGGGAGCAGCCGGAUACAGCGGGGACGACGGCCCGGCCACGGAUGCCACGCUCAACGAGCCCUACUCCCUGGAGGUCGACGCGGGCGGGAACAUUUACGUCGUUGACCGACUGAACGCCGCCGUGCGCCGGAUCGAUGGGGAUACCGGUGUCAUCACCACUGUGGCAGGGACCGGGGAACCGGGAUAUUCGGGAGACGGUGGCCCCGGCGACCAAGCCCAGCUACGAGAGCCGAACGACUGCUUCCUGGACGGGCGCGGCGGCCUGCUGAUUGCGGACAUCCAGGACCAGCGCGUCCGUCGCCUGGAUCUGGAAACGGGGAUCAUCGACACCUUUGCGGGCAACGGCGAAAAGGCACGCGGGGGCGACGGGAUGCCGGCCCGGCAAGCGAGCAUACUGGGCUCCCGCGCGGUUUGCAUGGACCAGCACGGCAACACGUACAUCGCGGAGCGUGAGGGCAACGGCGUGCGCGUGGUUACCGCGGGCGGCAUCAUGGGGACCGUCGCGGGGGUAUCGGCCGAACGGGGCUACACCGGAGACGGCGGGUCCGCUUUGUCCGCCACCUGGGGCGCACCCAAGGCCCUGCGCUGCGACGCAACGGGGAACGUCAUCGUGGUGGACACGGAAAACCACGCCAUUCGCAAAAUCGACACCAAUACCGGCGUGGUCACCACCAUCGCCGGAGGGCAGUUGGGCGGUCACGGAGACGGCGGUCCGGCCACCGACGCGGGAUUGGACCGGCCGCACGGGUGUGGCAUCACGGCCAGCGGACAGAUCUACAUCGCAGACAGCAACAACCACCGGAUCCGGAUGGUGGGCUAG